AUGGCAUAUGGAAGUGUGCUUUUUAUCUUGCUAUGGAUUCCACAAUAUACUUGUGCCACUGGUUUCCUGGACCUGAGUUUCUCGAAAAACAAGGGCUCUUCAUUCGGGUCUGCCAUGCAAUCAAGAUCGCAAUCGCUCUACCCGCAAAAACGGGCUCUGCAGCGCGAUGAGUACCUGCAAGUGCAGCUCACCAACGAAAACGACUUUUAUUCAGUGACGCUGGAUGUUGGCACACCACCACAACAAGUGACUGUUCUUUUUGACACCGGGUCGUCAGACCUGUGGUUUUCGUCCCGUCAAAACCCGUACUGUGCGUCUCAUAAUUCUGACGAGGACGAAAAUUACAACCGGCGUGCCAACUUGGAUCAAACCCCGUCAGCUAUCUCAGCUGCACCGGAUACGACUAUCAUGGGCAUUCCCGUUGCUCCGACUAUCGACUGCAGUCAAUACGGAACUUUUGACUAUUCGCACUCAUCUACAUUCAAAGCACACAGAUCCAAACCGUUUCGCACCCACUAUGCAGAUGGUUCGUUUGCAUUGGGCUUUUGGGGGACCGACGAACUCUAUUUGGACGAUUUGAAGGUCUCUCAACUAGACUUUGCAGUCGCGGAAGUAUCCAACUCAACUGUUGGUGUCCUCGGUGUGGGCAUCAAACAACUCGAAUCAACUUUUAACUACUUCAACAGCUCAUCCUAUAUCUAUCCGAACUUCCCUGCAAUGCUAAAAGAUAGCGGGAUGAUUGAAAAGGUGGCGUUUUCCUUAUACCUUAACUCAUUGGAUGCUACCGCGGGAUCCGUGCUGUUUGGAGGCGUAGACCGUAGCAAAUACACAGGCGAUCUGGUAACGGUCCCCUUGGUCAACACCUACAAAGAGAAGGGGGUUCCACAACCAAUUCAAUUCGAGAUUACGGUGCAAGCAGUUGGUGUGGAGAGCAGAAAGAAGUGUCUGCAGGAAACAAUUAGCAGCAUCAAGUUCCCGGCUUAUUUGGACUCGGGUGCUACUCUUAUGUUCAUGGACGCAUCAAUAGUGGAAAAAAUAGCCGACAGCGUGAACGCGACAUGGUCGGACGAUUGGCAAUUUUAUAUGCUACAAUGCCCCGCUGGAAACGACGACACUAAGCUUGUCUUUGACUUCGGGGGGUUUCAUAUAACCACGCCGUUGUCAGAUUAUAUUUUACAGACGGACCAAAACCAUCUGUGCGCGCUGGCAAUUAUUCCUGGUGAUCAGCAUGCCACUUUCGGGGACGUGUUUUUGUCGUCGGUUUAUGCUGUUUACGAUCUUGAGAAUUUAGAGUUAUCUCUCGCAGAGGCUGACUAUCAUCCAGGGGCUCCGGAUAUUGAAACAAUACGUUCGACCAUUCCCGGGGCACGUAAGGCACCGGAGUAUAGUAAUACUUGGGAACAAACCGCUGCUAAUGUUGCUCUGGUCACGAAAAACAUGUUUAAGUCUCCUUUGAGUUGCACCUCAUCCACCAAGGCUACUAAUAACUCGACGAAUGUUUCAACCUCUCUAGCUAGCUCUCAUUCGAGCAAGCCCCAGUUGCCUGGUCAAAGCGGUCCCUCUUCGAUCUCAAUUUCUUGUACAGAUGGCCCAAAUAACGCAUCUGGGACAUCAGCUUCGAGCGCCGGUUAUGAAACGUCGACACAUUCCUUCAUUCCAACAAAAACCUCUUCGCUCUCUGGAUGUGAUUCCACAACAGACAGUGAGAUGUUAUCUGGCAUAGGCAGUAGCUUCUUCAGUGAAGGACACAGAACCUCGCCAGCUUUCUCUGACGGUGAUUCAUGUACGAGAACGGCAACAAAUCCUCGAACUCGUGCUUCUACUGGUGCUCCAAUAAACACCCUCAGCAUAACGAAAGCCAAGUUUAGCUUCGGCAAUGGUAACACUAAUUCAGCAUCCAGCAAAGACACCGGUAGUAUCUACACAGUCAUCGCAUCACACUCUCGAUCGACAGCCAGUAUUCUUACUUUGCAGUCGUCCUCGCCCGUCAGUACGUCCUCAACUCAACGAGAGCUGGGGUCGAGGGAAGAAAGUAUAGCAUCCACUUUCUGGCAAAGUGCGACUCACUCGCCCUCAGCUAGAAGAGAGAGGACAGAAAGGGAUAGUUCCUCCAAAUUUUUCAAGGUCGAGUGCCGAACAUGCGGCACUCUGCAGACCGGUAACUCUCUUUCGGAAUCUUCAAGGGCCCUUAAAUACAGCAGCAGAAUUACAGUUGCGAGCUCAGAGAGAAAACAGACAUCAAAUCUGAUGAAAACUAAUCGUGAGCUAUGUUCUAGUUGCUCUACAACAAUUGACGCGGCACUAGAAUGCUCGAAGAGUGGGUCGUGCCCAUCGGUAGCGUCGGCGACGUCUUCAAUCUCGACACAUUAUAUGAUUACACAAUCAGGUUCUGCCCCUCGAGGAUGGAGCGCAAAAUGGUGUAGUUAUUCAGCACCCAUUGCAUUUUUACUAGUUGGGUUUCUUUCCGUCGUAUGA